AUGGCUUGGAGGCGCAUCAUCACCAAGGUUUCGAGCCAUGAACGGGAAUUUAGUAGUUUAAGAAGCUUAGUUUCCAGAGCUUACUCUUCUCUUCCUAGAGUGGGAGUUGUUGGAGCUGCUACUGGUGGUGGUGGAGCUUCUUUGCCGCAAUCGAGGUUUCAAUCAAGUUAUGUUGGUAGCUUUGCUCGCAGAGUGCGUGACAGAGAAGAAGUUAACGAGGUUGCACAUCUUAGAGAACUUUUCCGCAGAAACGACCCUGAAUCAGUUAUAAGAAUAUUCGAAAGCAGCCCUUCUAUGCAUUCGAAUGCCUCUGCACUGACGGAAUACAUCAAGGCGUUGGUUAAAGUUGAUAGGCUUGAUCAAAGUGAGCUCGUACGUACAUUGCAACGAGGUAUUGCUAGUGCUGGUGGUUCAAUGGAGCAAGAGUCUUUUGGAAGUAUGGCAGCGUUUAGAAACUUUGGAAAACCAACAAAAGAUGGUGUCCUUGGAACUGCUGCUGCACCGAUCCAUAUGAUAUCCAAUGAAAGGACUAGCUUUAAAGAACAGCUUUGGAGUACCUUCAGGACUAUUGCUGUUGGAUUUUUACUUAUUUCUGGUGUUGGUGCACUUAUUGAGGAUAGAGGAAUUGGCAAAGGACUUGGUCUGCAUGAAGAAGUGCAACCUAGUAUGGACUCAAGCACCAAAUUUACUGACGUAAAGGGUGUUGAUGAAGCCAAAGCUGAGCUAGAAGAAAUUGUGCAUUACCUUCGUGACCCCAAGAGGUUUACUCGUUUGGGAGGAAAGCUUCCUAAGGGUGUGUUGCUUGUCGGUCCUCCUGGGACAGGGAAGACAAUGCUUGCAAGGGCUAUUGCCGGAGAAGCAGGAGUGCCUUUCUUCUCCUGCAGUGGUAGUGAGUUCGAAGAGAUGUUUGUUGGGGUUGGAGCAAGAAGAGUGAGGGAUCUUUUCAGCGCCGCAAAGAAGUGCUCUCCUUGUAUUAUCUUCAUCGACGAGAUUGAUGCUAUUGGAGGAAGUCGUAAUCCCAAGGACCAGCAGUACAUGAAGAUGACGUUGAACCAGUUGCUCGUUGAGCUGGACGGGUUUAAACAGAACGAAGGAAUCAUUGUGGUCGCUGCAACCAAUUUCCCUGAGUCUUUGGAUAAGGCCCUGGUUAGACCUGGUAGGUUUGAUCGUCAUAUCGUUGUACCUAACCCUGACGUUGAAGGUCGCCGCCAGAUUUUGGAGUCUCACAUGUCAAAGGUACUAAAGGCUGAAGAUGUGGAUUUGAUGAUCAUAGCUCGAGGAACGCCUGGAUUUUCUGGUGCUGAUUUGGCGAAUCUUGUCAACGUUGCUGCUCUGAAAGCUGCAAUGGACGGUUCAAAAGAUGUGACGAUGUCUGAUCUUGAGUUUGCAAAAGACAGAAUCAUGAUGGGAAGCGAGAGAAAAUCUGCAGUGAUAUCAGACGAGUCAAGAAAGCUGACUGCUUUCCAUGAAGGUGGUCAUGCGCUUGUAGCCAUUCACACAGACGGUGCUCUUCCAGUCCACAAAGCAACCAUUGUGCCACGUGGGAUGGCUCUCGGCAUGGUUUCUCAGCUACCGGAUAAAGACGAGACGAGCAUUUCCAGGAAACAGAUGCUUGCUCGGCUUGAUGUUUGUAUGGGAGGCAGAGUAGCUGAGGAGUUGAUCUUUGGGGAAAGUGAGGUCACUUCAGGUGCUUCUUCUGAUCUUGAGCAGGCAACUAAACUCGCGAGAGCAAUGGUUACGAAGUUUGGUAUGAGCAAAGAGGUUGGUCUCGUGGCGCAUAACUAUGACGACAAUGGGAAGAGCAUGAGCACUGAGACGAGGCUUCUCAUUGAGAGCGAAGUGAAACAGCUUUUGGAGAAAGCUUAUAACAAUGCCAAGAACAUCCUCACGGUUUACCACAAAGAGCUUCACGCACUUGCCAAUGCUUUGCUUCAGCAUGAAACUCUGUCAGGGAAACAGAUUAAAGAGAUGCUUAGUGAUCUCAACUCUCCUCCACAGCUGCAAAAGCGUCAGGAAGUAGUUGCACCGCAAAGCCAACCUGUUCCUCCAUCUACUACUAGUCCAGCAUCAUCGGCUGCCGCGGCUGCUGCUGCUGCAGCCGCUGCCGCCGCAGCAGCAGCUACAGCUGCAACCAAAGGUAAAGACAUGGCUCCGGUGUCUUGA